AUGCAAACCUCGCUGCAGAGAAGAAACCACCAACCAGAUGACCAAGGAACAGUAAGGUUUCCGUUCCAAUUCACCAUCCCCAGCCACAUCCUCAUCCCCAAAAGCGGCGGCGCUUCGGCCAUAGAAAUGGUCCACCCGCUCCCCCCUUCGCUCUACAUCGAUGCCGGCAGCGUCGUCCCCCCAUCGAUCGAACGGAAUAACUUCCGUGGCGAAUGUAGGAUCACAUAUACGCUGCAUGCCUAUCUCAUGUGCGACGGCAGGCCGACCACGGGGACGUUCCGGCAUAUCAUGCUGUUUCCGACGCAGGAGCCCCAGCCGCCCUCAUGUACGAGCGAUUUCCCCGGGGAUUAUAUAUUAUCACGAUCAGCUGUGCUGAGGACCGGGAUGCUUUUUCGACGGCGGGGUUUACUAUCUGUAGAAACAAGGGAGCCGGCGCCGCUUGAGAUGAGUAGGGGAAAGAGCGGGGCAUCGACUACCGUCAAUCUGACGCUUAGAUUUCGCGAGUCGCGAGAGAUAAGGAGCUCGUGUGGGUCCAUGCCGCUGGCGACUCUGGCUUUUGGUGUGGUUUCUUUAAAGUUGAAGCAGACGACGUUCAUCUCUGUUGAGCCCCAACGACGUUUGCCAGCAACCCGAGACCUAUUGACGUCGACGGUUAUGGUGAAGGAUACGAAGAUUAUCAACGAGCAGUCGCGGAAGAUGAAAUUUUCGCCGUGGAUGAAAUGGUUUGCUGAUAAUUCCUUUUUCUAUUGCGUCCGCACAAUGACAGCUCAAGAAAGACGGGCUUGGGAAACGAAAGUAACGCUCGUUUUCACGUAUUCAGAUGAUAAACGUCCUGUCCCCACUUUUAGCUCGGCGCUGGUAUCCCGGCGGUAUAGCGUUCGCAUCGCCCUGCAUAUGGAAGGGGUUUACCACAGGGCUUUGGAGUUGGAAGUACCACUUCAGAUCAUCUAUAGGGGACAUGGGCAGGUCCCAUUGCCGAACGAAGGCGAAUUUGGGAAUUCAGAACCUGCGCUGUCUGAUGAAACACUGAUGCUGUCGGGGGAAUCGCGAUCUGAUACUGCGACUCCAGACGACGAACAGGCACCAGAUUAUGUUCGGUGA